AUGGAUGGACGAUUACGUAUCAACUUAAUUCAGGAAGAGUUGGAUGAAUACGAUAAGAAGGUUGAGCACAUUGAGCAGACCUCGUAUGCGUGCCAAUUCAAAAAUAAAAACGCAUUACCGGAAUCUGUAUUGAUGUCGGCAGAAAUCUGUCCGUCUUAUCAGUCGUCUCUGAAUGCGUAUCGCAUUUACGUAAGAGAGCAAUUGCGUGAUGUUGCGGUUAAAGCUUUUGUUGGCGAGCCGAGAUGUGUUUUCGAUACGCCGAAAAAUGACAAACGACAAUGGCUUCAUCAGACUCUGUCCGAUGAUAAUGCCAGUUCCCCUCCGGAUCCUCUCUACGUCAAACUGCUGCCUUUCUAUUUUCCAAAUAAUUAUGGGAAAGAUCCCGUGAACAAAACUGUAUUAUCUGGAACUCUGUCAUUUCUACUAAAUCAUCCCAAUGAGAAAAUUUCCAAACAUACAUAUCUCCACAUGGCAGCCGCUGCAUAUUGGAGAAGUGAAGGAAAAAUGAAGAAUGCGCUUGAUUGUUAUUUGUCAAGCUGGGAUUUAGCAACAAUCAAACAGGGUUCGGAUUAUCCAGAUCUUCGUUCGCCGUUAAUUGAGCCUGUGUAUUUUAUAUCUAUAGCGUCAGCUUUCAAUCAUUCCUUGUUAACUAGCAACCAUGAUGACAUCUUCAAUAUGCUAUUAAAGGAUGUCCUAAGCGAUAUAAAUGUGGAUCCAUGCGUUCUUGGAAUGGGAAACUACAUUGCCGGAAAAAUAGCAGAUUUUCGAAACAUUCAAAACGUUCAGACAGCUAUAGUGGAAAAUACAAUGUUUUCAUUCAAAAUGACAUCGGAGGAAAGACAGAAUGAUGCGAUUCAAAACGGCUUGAGGCAUUAUGUCAACGCGGGCCAUUUUUUAAGCAUUGAAAAAAAUGGCAAUUCGAAAAGAGCGGAAUUGAUAAAAAAUGCGAUACGUGUCAACACUUUUGACGGCUACAUGAAAUUAUGCCAACUUCAAAUUGAAAGCAUCGAACGACCUCAAGAAGUUUCUUUACCUAUAGCGAGUCAUGUGUCAUUUCCCAGAACCAGAAGACACCAUUCUCUGUUCUACAAUACUUUCAAAUAUGGAUAUAAUAAUUAUAUAAAAUGCUUGCCGGAUGUUUAUAAUCGAAACUGCAAUUCGCGGAACUCACAGCAGAGCUUAACAACAUUCAUGAUUUGCAAGGCAGAUUGGUAUCGCUAUAAGAGAAUAAUGCAAAUACGGCGGAAAGAAACAAUAGGCAAUCGACCAGUAAUCAACGAGACUUCGUGGAAGUUGGCAGAAGUGUUCCCACGAAGUCGAACUUUUGAUAAAAAUUGGAGUCAGUGGAGUAAAACCAAAAAAUCGUUAAGAAUGAUCGCGCCAAGAUAUUCCGAUUUUGAAAGCAAUGUUACCAUGGGGCCAUGGCGACGUACGGAUUGGCCGAACUCGGUAGAUUGUCAGCGUGUUGUUUCAAUUUCGAAUCCGUUUCGAGCCAACACGUUCCCACAAAUAUUUUUAUCACCGGAAAAUCGCGGAUAUGUAAUCUCUGAACUCCUAACAACUGAAAUAUCCAUUUCGCAACAUGAAAAUUUACCGAUGCCAUGGUUGGAACCGAAAUGCCAACGAUUGAAUGACGAUGUAUUCUUGGAGUUUAAAACGUAUUCUUCCAUAAUAAAGCUUCGAGAAAGAAAAUACAAUACGAGACGAAAUAUUUACGCUGAAAAAACACUUAAAACGGUUUUGACGCGCUUAGCUGAUCGAGUUCUCGACGAGUUUGAAGUUGGAGCACGAAUCAACAUAUUGUUGAAUUAUGUAAGUUAUAAACUAGAUAAUAUUGGACCAAAGUGGGUGGCUAUGAACCUCGCUGCUUUAUAUUGGAGAGUCGUGGGGAAUCCAUACGAAUCAACAAAUUGCCUCAUUGGAGCAAUAAUUGAAAAUCGUGACGAAUCUUUCAUCGCCCUAGUUCAAUUAGCUCAGGUUAUUGUCAAAGCCACUGGGAAUGUGAUUGAAGCAAAUCAGCUAGUAACGGAUUACGCGAAUCCUAUAGCAUCGCGUGAACCAAUGUACCAUUAUAUCCAAGGUCGAUUGAAUCUUCUUAUUCACAACGUCGACAAAGCCAUUCAACAUUUCAAAGAUGCGCUCGAUCGAGAGCCGAAAGAAGUAAUCAUUGCUGAGGAUUUGCUAAAAAUUGCUUGUAGUGGAAAGUCCACGAAGCCGGCGAUUUCAUCGCAAUUUCCGACGGUAUGUUGUUCACCAGGUGUACAGAACGCCGUGUGUAUCAAAUCACGCAAGGAUGCCACUGAAGAAUGUUACAUCGUUGACAUGCAGUCAUCGAAUCAACGGAGCAAAUUGAUAUAUCAUCGCUGUAAUGGCGUCUACACUGGUCAAAGUAAAAGGACUGCAGAUUUUGCCAACAUCGUCUCGCCAUUUUUGCUAGUUUUCAAUACCAUUCAUCGCAAAGAUGACGUUUCGAUUUGGGCGAAUCACGCGGAUGGCAUUCAAACAGUUGAAACGCACGAGCUGCCACUGGACUAUGGUGGGACAGAGGGAUUUUUUGUCAAAAAACCAGCCGAAUGGUGGGAUAGUGCAAAAAAUGAAAUGAGAUAUAUUUUACCAUCAACCGAAGAAAAAAUUGAUGAGUGGGAGGAGGAAUGGGAAAGCGAUCAUGCUCAAAUACCGCCGAAACCGCUGUCAUUUCUCUGGAUUCGCGAGAAAAGCCUUAUGAUGCAAUUUGACACAAAAACCCCUUCGUAUCUUCCACAACCAUCGUUGUCGCAAAUUCGUAGGGGUCUUGCAAUUUUUCCGCCACCGCGGGUCGCAACGAUGUCUUGCAACACCGUGGCGAAGCUCGACGUGCUAUUCGAUAAUCCGCCAUCGACGUGGGUGUCGGUGACGGCGAAAGGUGAAGAUAUUCAAAAGUACAUGGAUCUCAGAGGACCGAUGCCGUCAAUCGCGUCGUUGCAACCAGUGUGUCCAUCAAUGGACAAAUACGAGAAUUCACCGGUACUCGGCCUUGAUCAUCUCCCAGUUUUUGCACUUAGCGAUCAGUUCUUGUUUUACAAGCCCGAAAAAGCAUUGGCCAGCGUUUUGAAAUCGUUGGGAAACAAGCAGGAUUCAAUUGAACACAUUGCUGCUCGUCUUCAUACAGCAAUGCUUUAUAAUCAAGCUAAAAACGAUAAGGUGAAUUGGCUCCUAUGUGUUCUUUCUUCGCUUUAUUGGCGUGCCACUGGAAAUCCAGAAAACGCAAUGACAUGUCUUCGUUGUGCGCUUCACAAUACACCGCCGAAUAUGCGCGAUGUUGCUCUGGUCUCGCUUGCUAAUAUUUGCCAUCAAGCCGGCCUACUCAACAGCGCACUUAUAUCAGCUGGAGCGGCUCUUACAACGUCACCACGACUUGUUGCGAUUCAUUUUACAUUAGCUAACAUUUAUGCUUCUUUGGGAGAUUACCAGCGCGCCUUAAACUUUUACUACUCAACAUUGUCUCUGCAAUCGAGUUUUCAACCAGCGAAAGAUAGAAUUCGUGCCAUUUAUUGCCAUUCCAAUCAAGAAUUCAAUUUUUGA